GGGGCCAGGUUCAUUUUUAAAUUAUUCUUCUUAUGGUGGGUGUAUGAUCACUUAUAUUUGCCAUGAACUUUCUGUGUAGUAUCGUCAUCGUGUUGCUGGUGAUUUUGAACUAUUCCGGUGCAGUCGUAGACAGAGACGCACAAGAAGGAAAAUCGGUACUGCUGUCAGUGUUAGGAUCACUUAAAGACAGCCGAAAUGAUGACGGUCGCUAUGGCAGUAAAACAGGGUGGGACAAGUAUAGCGGGGAUCAAACCGCACGCAGAGGCGGGGGAGGCGUGGUCGACGACGAUGGCGAUGACGCGGACCUCGACACUGCGAUAAGCGUCCUAACAAAGGCAGUCGGCGACAUUGACCAAGGGAAGACGUCAGUGCGUCUGAAUAACAAACCGGAAGUCACGAGCAGCUUGAUGCAACUCACGAACAACCAAGAGAUUCCCGCGAACGUUGCUGCUAUCAUAGACUCGACUUUAAGCAACUCGAAGGAUAAAAUUACCGACAGCGUGGCAGACCUUAUCAAGUCGGCAUCCAGUAAGACUACCUCGUACAUCAACCAAGACGACCAAAGCGAUGUUGCGCGCGCCUACAACUCGGCGACCGGCAAAACGAACAAAGAGUUUCCGGCGAACUUCGCAGACUUCUUCAAGUCUUUCCCGAGCACUAACGUAAAGUCCUACAAUGAUGUCAAUUCCUACAAUGACAUCAAAGUCACUUCCAACACUGACGAACGGUCGAACGUCGACGUCGCAAAAAGAAUGCAAGACGCAUUCGCGAACGCUGGAGAUAACAAACAGGGUAAAUGGCAAAAGUUGUCGAACGGAAAUUUCUUCAAAGCAGAUAACCCGUCGGUUCAAAAAUAUAAUGACGUCAAAGUUUCUUCUAGCAUUUCAAACCCCGAUGGGUCCAAUAUUAACGUCAAUAACAUCCUUAAAAACGCGCUCGGAAACGCCGGAAACACAGGAAAUGCACAGAGCUGGCAAAAUGCAUUCAAAGGAGAUACGCCAUCGGUUCAAAACUACCGUGACGUCAAAGUUUCCACCGGUAAUUCUGACGGAUCAAACGUUGUCGUCAACAAAAUCAUUAAAGACCACAUUGAAAACCAAGGCGGACCACAAGUUUGGCAAAAUUCAUACAAUGCUGACACCCCAUCGGUACAAAAUUACCGUGACGUCAAAGUUUCUAACAUAAAUUCAAACACUGGUUCCGACGGAAACAAAGUAAUUAAAGACGCUCUUGCGAGCGCAGACGGAGCGCAAAAGAACACAUGGCAAAGCCCUCCUUCCGGAAAUUCGGUAAGAGUAGAUACCCCAUCGGUACAAGCCUACAACGACAACAAAUAUCCUACGCCAAACUCAAACGGAAAGUCCGACAACUCAAACACAGACUUUGGAAAACGUUUACAGGACGCCUUCGGUAAAAUCGGAAACGGUCAACAGAGCUCAUGGCCGAACUUUGCAAACGUGCAGGCUUAUCAAUAUAAUAAUAAACCGAAUGGUCAAGUCAGCUCCACUUCUGAUCGACAAACCUACACAAACACAAAAACAGAACCUAAGCAGGUUAAAUCAUGGCGCGGUAGCUACACACGCGCCCCAAAUUACGGCACCACCCCUGGUUCGUCAUGGGGCCGCAAUAACGCCGGUCAGUGUCUGUUACGAGGAGAGUUAUGCAAAGUCGGAAGUGGACCGGAGUGUUGUGCGUCUGACAACGCCUAUGGUUCCAAAGUACCAUUGUGCUGCACGCGGAUAGCUUCUGGUUCCAGUCGAAGCGAUUUCGGCCUAUGUCAACCCAAGAAUCCCGGCAUGACAUGCGACAGACGAUAAACGCGGACGUGUUUGGUCUAUCUCUUUAUACAACGUUAAUGAGGCACGAAAUGACAACAUGUUGCAUUGAAUAAACAUUAACAUAGUACGUGAUAUUGGUAUGCCCUAUGGCGUGUCGUGUAAUGACGAUACUGAGCUGUUUGUUUUGAAUUCAGUUAUUUAUCGCUUUCCUUGUUAUAGAAAAAAAGAAUAUUGGCUGUAUAUUGCUGUGUGAAUAAUUAAACUUAACGUAUAUUCGAGCAACGUUCUUGGAAAACUGGGCUUAAUGCAUGUGUGUUAAGUGUCGUCCCAAAUUAGCCCGUGCAAUUAUUAUAUUUACUACAGUUUGAAAACAGGCUAAUCAGGCGCAACACUUUACGCCAAGACUGGAUUUUCGUUUAGAAGCGACCUCCUAAAAAAUGAAAAUAGUGUCCUCCCUGAUAAGCUUGUGUAGACUGCAUAGGCUAAUCUGGGAUGACACUUUACGCACAUGCAUGAAGCCCACUUUCUCCGAGAACCAAGCUCCUUUGAUUACCUAAAUCUGAUGCAACUCUUUUGAAUUCAACAUGUAGUAAAAAUAUUAUUUAGUUGAACAGUUGCCUUGCAUUAUUUCCAUCCACCACUUUAGUACUGACACAUUUAUUGUGAUGCCCUGGUAUAAUUAAAGCAUCUGUCCGCUGAAAAUUAUUUAAAGCAUUUCUAAAACUAAACAACGUCAGUUCCAAUAAAAGAAAGUGAAGUUUAUUUUCAAUGACAUAAUUAGUCCGUUUAUGCAAAAUUCAUUUAAAAGAUUUUUCGUUCAAAAGAGUUAGGCUCUAAAUAAACAUACAAUCUGUAUACGGUUGGUUUUAUUAUAAUGUUAAUUUAUUUCCAAUGGCAUUAGCAGUUAUCGUAUGUACGGAUACAAUUAAAUAUCAUGCA